AUGGACGGCAGGACUCAAAUCUUCCAGAAACUGAAGCCACCAUGCGUUGCGCUAGGCGAUGCAGCCCGUACGCUCAAUGGACCUGAGGCCGACGUGAACAAUGUAGCCGAGCGACUGGAGAAUUUGAAGGGAACCCUGUCAGAUGUGACGCAUUCUUUGGAUGAGCAGCUGGCCGACUAUGCUUUCUUCCCGCUGGCGCUCGUCUUGAAGGCGAGCCAGAAAGUCUCGAUCCGAUGCCUCGAGCUUGCCUUACAGUGUCUGGCCAUCCUGAUAGCACAUGGAUGGCGUUCCCGUAUACAGUCAGAAACGGCGGUGCAGAUAGCCAUACUCUGCACCAUGAUGGCAAGCAAGAAACCGACAGGCCUGGCAUCAACUUCCUCGACAGAUGAACUGCAGGCGAGUGCUCUCCGGUGUCUGCAGCAUCUCUUCAGCGUCUUAGACAAAGAUUCAGAGAUCACUGCUCGUUUAACGUCGGAAGCGCAUAUGCCGCAACUUGGGAUGACCAUCAGCACGAUUCUGGAAGCCGUGCUAGAAGGCGAUUCCGUCGAGGUUCAGACUGCCGCCGCGCAUGCCCUGAAGACUUUGCUCGAGAACGUCACGACUCGGGACAUCCAGGCAGCGUUUCUUCCCGGUAUAGUGUCCAAACUCACACAAGUGCUGACACCGCAGACAAAGCGAAGACGUAAUCACGCGAUCCUUACGAUCUGUCUUGCCAUCUUGCAUCACCUGUUUGCGAACACACUUGGUGCAGAGGCUGUGAACGUGGCAGCAAGCCAUGAUAUCGCCGCAAAGCAGAAGGCCACAGCGACGAGUUCAACAGUCAUCACCACUGAAUGGCUAGAAUCAGCAGCCGCACAACUAAAGCCAGCUGUGGCCAAGAUCGUACGCCUGCGAGACCAUGAUCGUAUCGACGUGAGGGAGUCUCUUGCACAGUUCUGCUUCACUCUUUUGAAACAAUGCAGGCGUACCCUCGCAAAUUGCGUAUCUCUCGCGCUCGAGACUCUUCUGUCACUCUCGUCAGAUCAAGCCGGCGAUUCCAUCAAGUUUAGGCUUGAAUCAUUGCUUACUGCCGAACCCUCACUCGCAGAUCAAGUACUGGACAGGCUCUAUGACUGGCACCAAUCGCUCACCACCAAAAUGCAGUCUGCGGAUGAUCAAGCCAAGGUACAGAUGCUGCGACAGAUGACUACAGCUUUCGACAUCGUCACGGCCAGCGGUGCCGAUACAAGCACCGUUGAUCGACUGCUAGCUGAUACCCUGCGCGAUAGCGUCGUUAUCACUCUCCAGCUUCCCUCGCUGAAGCGGCAAGCGAAUCCACACGUAUCGCCGGUCAACGCUUUGUCGGUCACCAACUUGGAAGGGACAAGGCACAAUGUGGACUUCGCCUCGCCGUUGGUCAAGUACGCAGGACAGAAAGCAAUAUUGGAUACGAUCGGAAGCUUCGCGCAGACAAUCAGCAAGGCCUCGUCCUCAGCAGCACUUCUGGUGCAGCUUGCGCGAUCGCUGCGUCAAUCUCAAGGGGAUGCACAAAUAGCGUCCUUCUGGCUGCUUCUCAACGCCAUCGAAACCACGCUUGGGCGAGGUUUAGAAAUAGAUGCAUUCCUGGCUGUUGAUCUCGGGUUGGCUCAGUCCUAUAUGCCCUACCUUGAAGACAUGUACUCCUUUUCUUUGGGCAUCCUGACGGCAUCUCCGGAUGAGCCUGUGGAUGAGCGAUUACAGGCACUAGCUCUCCGCACGCUGGCACUGCGCUCUCGCACAGCAGGCGAGGAAUUUCGCUAUGAGCUGAUCGAUGCCCUAUACCCGGUGUUACACACCUUAGCAACUCCGAAUGAGCAGCUCCAACAGGACAGUAUCACUACACUUAAUGUGUUCACCGCGUCUUGUGGCUAUGCAUCGGUCAAAGAUUUGGUCGUCGAAAACGUCGAUUACUUAACAAAUGCCGUUGCUUUGAAGCUCAACUCCUUCGAUGUCAGCCCUCAAGCACCGCAGGUCCUGCUGAUGAUGGUAAGAUUGGCCGGCCCAAGCCUCUUACCCUACCUCGGGGAUACGAUCGACAGCAUCUUCGCAGCUCUUGAGGAUUAUCACGGAUACCCACUGCUCGUUGAGCUGCUCUUCAAAGUUCUCAGCGCAGUAGCUGAGGAAGGGGUAAAAACUCCACAGCUCGCAAUUACACAAACCCCUGGAGAGACAACAUUGAGCGCUGGUAGUACUCCGCGGCUGAUCAGUAUCGCCAGCCUCGCGGAGUCACUGCGGGACCGGGCGCUCGAGGAGAAGCAGACAAUGUCUGUCGGAGGCCAACCAGAAUCACACCCGAAGCAGCCUUGGAAGGCAUCCACCAGCGCGGAGGAAGAUCUACCAGACGAGGAUUCAGACAAUGAAGCGACAUCUAGGAUGGACCCGGAGCUUCCUCCUCCCGCUCCAAAACAAUUCGAGUUACUGCUCAAGAUAUCAGAGCUCACGCAACAUUUCUUGCCAUCUGCAUCUGCCUCGCUACGAGCAUCUCUGCUUGCUCUUAUCAAGACGACAGCCCCUGCGUUGGCGAAGCAUGAGAACUCUUUCUUGCCGCUAGUCAAUACACUCUGGCCAGAAGUUGUUUCGAGACUGGAUGAUGCAGAGUCGCAUGUGGUGUCCAACGCCUUGGAUAUCAUUGCAGUACUGUGUGAGCAAGCCCAAGACUUCAUGCGCAGCCGCAUAUUGCAGCUAUGGCCCAGCCUGGUGGAAAUGCACCAGCGGACAGCAGAGAAGAUCAUUCACAUCUCGCGCUCAAGAGACCACGCUCGGGAGAAUGCCAGACAACAUGAUUCAGAAGCCCUUGCCUCGAAUGUCGCUCCAUUGAAACAAGCUCUCAUUCGAAUGCAGCGAACACCUACCGACUACAGCGAUACCUCUGUGCGCACAAUGUGGGAUUCGAUUGUACAUACGAUCGCUACAAUUGUUGAGUACGUCGAGCUUCCUUCUGAGCAGUUCGACGAAGCUCUGAUCAUGCUGGAGCCGGUGAUCGAACAAGACCACAUUCGGAAGGCAUUUGAGAAACACAACGCUGAUGCUGUGUGGCUCGUUCGCUUGCGGAGUGGCCUUAUCAGUUUACCGAAUGUAGCGAACCUCGAUAUAGGUAGCUACAACCUCGCUGCGACUCCCGGUUGA